AUGGAAUCGAGCGAAGCAACAUCUGAACAGGAGGUCAUAACGCUUGAGGGUGUGGUUGUGGUUGGGACGCGUGCGAAACCGCGUUCGGUUCUUGAAUCUGCGGUACCGAUUGAUGUUUUACCAAGUGAAGAUUUCGUCAAACAGGGAGGCACGGAUUUGCCAGACCUGCUGAGAAACUUGGUCCCAUCUUACAACGUCAAUGCGCAGCCGAUCGCUGAUGCAGCCACUGUCGUCCGUCCUGCGAAUCUGCGCGGAUUGGCACCGGAUCACACGUUACUGCUGGUGAAUGGCAAGCGCCGUCACCGUGCCUCCGUGAUUGCUUGGCUCGGAAAUGGGUUAUCCGAUGGCGCACAGGGUGCCGACCUUUCUCCUAUCCCCACCAUCGCACUGAAGCAGCUGGAGGUACUACGAGAUGGAGCAUCGGCACAAUACGGUUCCGAUGCGAUCGCGGGGGUCAUUAACCUGCAGCUCAAGGACAGUUACGAAGGCGGAUCUUUUGCAAUCAAACCCAGUAUUUUCCAAGCGGGUGAUGGUCUUGCAUACGCUGUCGCUGGGAAUAUCGGUUUGGGACGAGAGGAUCUCUGGACGAAUCUCAGUGUAGAAUACGGUGGCAUGAAUGAGACAGAUCGCUCUGUACAACGCGAUGAUGCCGCCGCGCUCAUCAGUGCCGGAAACGCGGAUGUCGCUGAUCCCGCUCAACCGUGGGGACAUCCUAUUAUUAGAAACGACAUCAAGCUUUUUGCGAACUACGGUGCAAGCAUUACCGAUGAUAUUAAGUUCUACGGGCAUGCGAACUACGCGCAGAAGGAAGUUGAAGGCGGGUUCUACUUCCGAAAUCCCAAUACCCGACCUGCUGUCUUUAGUAAUGAUGAUGGAGAAACCUUACUUGUUGGAAGAUUGUCGGGCACAGGUGAAGUUCCUGUGGUCAAGAUAACCAACAACGUUCCAUAUCCGGUUGCCUUACAACAGGUUUUCUCUGACCCAAAUCUUUUCACAUUCCAAGAGCUCUUUCCCGGUGGGUUUACACCCCGUUUCGGUGCGGAUACCCAAGAUGCUUCGCUCCUCGUUGGCUUGAAAGGAAUGAUCGCUGCGGACGUGGGGUGGGAUUUGAGUGCUUCUUAUGGACGGCACGCCUCCGAUUUCUUUAUCAGAAAUACGGUUAAUGCCUCGCUUGGACCGGACACACCGACUGAAUUUGACCCGGGCGAUUAUAUCCAAGCGGAUACGAACAUUAAUCUUGACUUAACCUAUCCGCUACACGAUAUGGUGUUCCUCGCCUCAGGUUUGGAAUAUCGCACGGAAACCUUUGAGAUUGUGCAGGGACAGAUUGAGUCUUGGAAAAUCGGUCCGUUGGCAAGCCAAGGAUUUAGUUCAGGAUCCAACGGAUUCCCCGGCUUCAGUGAUAUUGCCGAAGGGAGUUGGACCCGGUCUAACUUCGCUGGUUAUUUGGAAAGUGAGUUGAGACCUCUUGACUUUUGGACGGUUAAUGCUGCCAUCCGCGGUGAGUACUUCGACGAUUUUGGGAGCACUGUCAAUUACAAAAUCGCAACGAACUAUGGCAUUGCCGAUACGCUUAAAGAAUUGCUUUCGGUCGAUCCUGUUGUUGACUUAAGGGCACGCGGCAGUUAUAGCACCGGUUUUAGAGCACCGACACCGGGUCAGCAAAAUGCCUUUAACGUCACAACGGAGUUCGGUGAAAACAAUACAUUGGUCAAUAAAGGGACGAUUCCUUCUACACACGCUGCCGCAAGUUUAGUGGGUGGUAAGCCACUCGAACCCGAAAAGUCAAAGAAUUUCACGGUUGGAACAGUCGUCAGCCAUACCAUUGCGAGUAUCACUGUUGACUAUUUCAACAUUAAGCUGGAGGAUCGGUUGGCUCCGACAAAAGACUUCCAGCGAGGUACAGAUAUUACAGAGGCACAGAUUCAGCAGCUCGUGGCUGAAGGCAUUACGAGCGCAGGCAAUCUACAAGAGUUCCGGUUCUUUACCAAUGAAUUUGAGACGAGCACUCAAGGAGUUGAUGUGAUUCUCACAGCACCCAUAUUGGAUGGGGCGCUAAGUCUCGCUUACAACUACACGGAGACCACAGUAACCAAGCGUAAUCCUGAUAUCCUUGACGACACACGCGUCCGGCUAUUGGAGGAAGGUGUCCCUCGUCAUCGCGGAAAUGUGACGCUAACCCAAGCCAUCGGCGACAGUUUAGGUGUAUUGGGAAGAGUCAAUUAUUACGGUCCUUGGUACGAGAACGCUGUAGGCGCGCAAACCUACGGUGAGGCGUUUUUGGUGGACCUUGAAGUUAGUUACGCGCUCAUUGAGAACUUAGGCAUCACAAUUGGGGUGAAUAAUGUCCUCAAUGUUGAACCGGAUAACGUGACUUGGGCGGAUCCGGAUGUUGAGAACUUUACGGGAGCAAUCGUUGGUAGACCCUUCGGUGAGUAUAGUCCUUAUGGGUUUGGCGGCGCGUUCUGGUAUACUAAAGUUGGUUACAGUUUUUAA